UAUAUAAAUACCAUUCCUGCUUUUUUUCUUCUCACCGUAGAAAAAAAGAAAGAAUAGCUCUGAAACCUUAACUCCAGCGUUCGUUCAUCUCUCUGUUUUUCUCUUUCUAUUUCGAGUAGUUCUCGAUUUGAAUUUCCUCGUUCAGGACAUGGCGACGGACGUUCAGAUGGGCGCAGAGGCGGAGACCUUUGCCUUCCAGGCGGAGAUAAACCAGCUUCUCAGCCUCAUCAUCAACACGUUCUACAGCAACAAGGAGAUUUUCCUCCGGGAGCUCAUCAGCAACUCGUCGGACGCGCUGGACAAGAUCCGGUACGAUAGUCUGACCGACAAGAGCAAGCUCGAUGCUCAGCCCGAGCUCUUCAUCCGGAUCGUUCCUGAUAAGACCAACAAGACUCUCUCGAUCAUCGACAGCGGUAUCGGAAUGACCAAAGCUGACUUGGUAAACAAUCUUGGUACAAUUGCUAGAUCCGGAACAAAGGAGUUCAUGGAAGCAUUGCAGGCUGGUGCUGAUGUUAGCAUGAUUGGUCAGUUUGGUGUUGGGUUCUAUUCGGCAUACCUUGUAGCUGAGAAAGUCAUCGUCACGACCAAGCACAAUGAUGAUGAGCAGUACAUCUGGGAGUCUCAAGCAGGUGGUUCUUUCACUGUAACCAGGGAUGUUAAUGGUGAGCCGCUCGGCAGGGGUACCAAGAUCACCCUCUAUCUCAAGGAAGACCAGCUGGAGUAUUUGGAGGAGAGAAGACUGAAGGAUUUGGUGAAGAAACACUCUGAAUUCAUAAGCUACCCGAUUUACCUCUGGACUGAGAAGACGACUGAGAAGGAGAUCAGUGAUGAUGAAGAUGAGGAGACCAAGAAGGAAGAGGAAGGUGAUGUUGAAGAGGUUGAUGAGGAGAAGGAGACCAAAUCCAAGAAGAAGAAGGUGAAGGAGGUCACCCAUGAAUGGGCCCUCAUCAACAAGCAAAAGCCCAUCUGGCUGCGGAAGCCGGAGGAGAUAACGAAGGAGGAGUAUGCUGCCUUCUACAAGAGCCUGACCAAUGACUGGGAAGAGCAUCUUGCCGUUAAGCACUUCUCUGUGGAGGGUCAGCUUGAAUUUAAGGCAAUCCUCUUUGUGCCAAAGAGGGCACCAUUCGACCUCUUUGACACCAGGAAGAAGAUGAACAACAUCAAGCUCUAUGUCCGCAGGGUAUUUAUCAUGGACAACUGUGAGGAGCUCAUCCCAGAGUACCUCGGGUUUGUGAAGGGUGUUGUCGACUCAGAUGAUCUCCCGCUCAACAUAUCACGAGAAAUGCUCCAACAGAACAAGAUUCUCAAGGUCAUCAGGAAGAAUCUAGUGAAGAAAUGCAUUGAGAUGUUCAUGGAGAUCUCAGAGAACAAAGAGGAUUACACGAAGUUCUAUGAGGCCUUCGCAAAGAACCUGAAACUGGGUAUCCAUGAGGACAGCCAGAACAGGGCGAAGCUGGCAGAACUUCUCCGAUACUAUUCAACCAAGAGCGGUGAGGAGAUGACAAGCUUGAAGGACUAUGUGACCAGAAUGAAGGAUGGUCAGAAGGAUAUCUACUACAUUACCGGUGAGAGCAAGAAAGCUGUUGAGAACUCCCCAUUCCUGGAGCGACUUAAGAAGAAAGGCUAUGAAGUUCUCUUCAUGGUUGAUGCCAUUGAUGAAUAUGCGGUUGGGCAAUUGAAGGAGUAUGAUGGAAAGAAGCUGGUUUCUGCCACCAAGGAAGGACUGAAGCUCGAUGAAGAGACGGAUGAAGAGAAGAAGAAAAAGGAGGAGAAGAAGGCUGCAUUCGAGGGACUCUGCAAGACAAUGAAGGAAAUCUUGGGUGACAAGGUGGAGAAGGUGGUGGUCUCUGAUAGGAUCGUUGACUCCCCUUGCUGUUUGGUGACUGGUGAGUAUGGUUGGACUGCAAACAUGGAGAGGAUCAUGAAGGCCCAGGCACUGAGGGAUAACAGCAUGAGUGCUUACAUGUCGAGCAAGAAGACAAUGGAGAUUAAUCCAGACAAUGGUAUCAUGGAGGAGCUGAGGAAGAGGGCUGAGGCUGACAAGAACGACAAGUCAGUAAAGGACCUUGUGAUGCUGCUGUAUGAGACUGCUCUGCUGACAUCCGGAUUUAGCAUGGAUGACCCUAACACCUUUGCAGGGCGGAUCCAUAGGAUGCUGAAAUUGGGUCUGAGCAUAGAUGAGGAUGAGGCUGAGGCUCCCGCAGAUGAUGCUGAUAUGCCGGCCUUGGAAGAGGAAGGGAAUGAGGAGAGCAAAAUGGAAGAGGUUGAUUGAGUGAAGAAAAUGGCGUCUCUAUGCGGUUUACUACUGUACAGUUGUCUGUUAAAUGGAAUAUAUAGAAGAGUCUUUCGAAGUUCUGUUGUUGUUUUUUCUUUUCUUUUGCUUUAUAGACGCGUUCUUUUUAGUUAGGUUGUAAUUUUGGUUCUUGUUUCUUUUGGAAUUUUAAUGGUAAUCAUGCGUACUUUCUUUCC